UAUAUAUUUCGGUGGACUGAUCUCACAUUACUGAACCGGAAACUGGAAAACAUGGGAAGGUUAAAGAGCCCAUCGAUCCCUUGAGACCUUUGAGAUAACCGUCUGCUGCCCAUUAGAAAUGAAUCUGUAACUGGAUCAGCUCAUUAAUGCUCGUCCCGCCCCUCCUUGUUUGAAUGUCAGCACUGAUUGGGCACAACUGCAGUACUAACAGUGAGCACGCACAGAACCUGAAGGCGACCGAAAGGAUAAAACGCGCACGGGACGCAUCAAGUCGACAGUAUCCAGCCCACAUCCUCUCCUUAGUGGUUUCACCUGGACUUUGGGUGAAUCUGACAAGAAGAUGCCACGAGGAUUUUUAGUGAAACGGAGUAAACGUGCCUCAUCUGCAUCCUACAAAGUGCGUGCUCAAGAAGAAAAAGAGCCGCGCAAAGAGGACCUGUCUUCCCAAACUUCAAAUGCAAGUGUGCCGGACGUGCUGGAACCUAUUACAGAAUCAUGGACAAGUGUCAUUAGCUCUAAACAUGAGCAGAAACAUCUUCAGGAGGACUCUGGAGGGCUUGUUGGAGAGAGCGAUUACGCACAGAGCUACUUCAGUCAUCCAGAGCAGAGCGCGUCAUCUCCGCGCAACAGCACAGACUCCUACAGCCCAAUCAAACCCAUCAGCACGGAGCUUUUGGACAGGUGUCUGAGCUCACCAGCCAUGGCAGAAUCAUUUCCCUUGGUCACCCCAGUGUCUUCAAUCGAGCGUCUGCUAAUGAACCACUCUGACAUGAAGUUUGGCACACCAGUGCCCUCAUCGGUGCCCCCCUACCCUCCCUUUCAUCAAUGCGUAAAACGCGCGUUCAUGGACUCAGAGCGCAAGAGCAAACCACCAAAAAAGCCUAAAGUCAUCAGAAAGCUCAAUUUUGAAGACGAAGUCACCACAUCACCAGUCCUCGGGCUUAAAAUAAAAAAAGAAAGUCCUGAGUCAAAACUAGAACCACAAAGUGGUAGAAAAAAACCUCUCGGUGAGUUCAUCUGCCAGCUUUGUAAGGAAGAAUACACUGAUCCGUUUUCUCUAGCCCAGCACAAGUGCUCCAGGAUCGUCCGGGUUGAGUACCGCUGUCCGGAGUGCGACAAAGUUUUUAGCUGUCCUGCCAACCUCGCGUCCCAUCGCAGAUGGCACAAACCUCGCAGCCUGAGCACCGGAGACGCGAAGAAGUCUCCGCUGGAGGCGCGUAACCACGAGAAGACCUCAGUGGAGGGGAAAGAGAACGCCAGCAAGUUGAGAGUGAACAAUCAGCACCAACUGAGUCCGGACAGCUCCCAACAGCACAGAUCAGCACCGGACAGCAACAUGAUGCACAUGGGAUCCCAAGACCCUCCUCUGGACCAGAGGUACCCGUCCUCGGAGAAAUGCUUUGAGAUUCAUAUCGGCUCCGCGGACAGCUCGAGGUUGUUCGAUCACUACCCCGAGGAGCCCGACAGGUCCAGCACCCCCUACCUGCCCUCGUCCAUUCCAGAAGAAGUGUUUGAGUGUCACUACUGCAGCAAGAAGUUCCGCAGGCAAGCCUACCUGAGGAAACACCUGGCCGCGCACGAGACGAUCAAAACAGCCUCAUACGGUCACAUUGAAAGCGGACAGAUCACUUUCCAGUGUCACCUGUGCGGAGCGCACUUCCCCUCCGCGGAGAUCAGGGAAAAACACCGACUCUGGCACGCGGUCAGAGAUGACUUACUCCUCAGACCUGACCUGAGUCCUGGAGAACAGCAGAUAUUCUCAUGCAAACACUGUCCCUCCACCUUCUUCAGUUCUCCGGGUUUGACCAGACACAUCAACAAGACUCAUCCCACAGAGCACAGACAGGUGACGCUCUUACAGAUGGCCGUCAGGCCGGGAUGCUGAUCUCAUAAACACUUCAGACUACGCCUAACGGCUUGUUGUUGAUAUUAUCACUAAUAAUACGUCCAGUGACUUUAUGUGGGAAUAUCGAAUUUACAGGUUUUCUUUGCUGAAAACAGGAUAGUUUAUGUAUCCUUUGAUAAUCUUGGAUAUCACUUUAUAACUUCCACUAGCAGGUUAUUAACAUACAUUAUAUACAGGGUUCCCAAACUUUUGAGAAUGCAUUUUCUAGUUUAUAUAUAUAUAUAUAUAUAU